GUCAGGAGGCUGAUUAUUUUUCGCUGGAUCGUAACUCGGGUUCGUCGCGUUUCGUCUACUAAUGGUGAAGAAAAUUGUAAAUUUAACGUGAAAAAUCCUGUUUUUCGUGGUCGAUUCGUGCGGAAAAGUGUUCGUCCGAGUGUGAAGUGGAAUUUAGUGGUGGAUUUCGAACGGAGUUUGUGUGCUAAAUAGUGCAGUGUCGUCGUGUCUGUAGUUCUACGUGCUUUAUGUGUCUAGCGAGAAGAAAGUAACCGCAGUGCGAAACGAUUCACUCGCCAACAACGGAAAACCGAAAUGGGGUGUUACACAAUACCAUCGGCAGCAUCCUUCUUGAUUUCGUGGUGAGCUCCGCCGAAUUGCUCCGGAUUUCUGUGGUUUGGUUGAAGCAAAAACUAUCGUCCAAUCAUGAAGAGAAUCAAAUAACGACUAUAAUCGGAAGCUUCGCAACACAAUCCAUCAUCUAGAGGAGAAGAAAUACCGAAACCAACUCCCAAAAAACAUCCCCAUCCUGUGUCAGUGAGUCAUUCCGAGUAUCGAUUUUGACCAGUCGCGACUAGAAGCGACGUCGUCGACAACGACGGAAAGGAAGAAAGCGACCAGUGUUGGUGUUUUGUGCUGGGGGUGGGUAAGGUGCCCCGAAAAUUCGUCGCGCAAAGUGAUAGAAUAAGAAAAGCUUUCGUCAGCUCUUUGUAGUGCUCGGCUGUCAUCAUCUCCUUGUGUUGCAAUCCGAAAACGGAGUGUCUUUGGAGAGAAGAAUCUGUGUGGUUGUGGUUACGGAGGGCGAGGAGGGGGGAAAAUAAGACAAAAAGAAACUAGAGCCCUGCAAAAGGGGUACACGUGAUUUGUGAAAUUAGGUGAAACCGGACCAGGGAGCAGUAAGGACAAAGUGUCACGCCAUCGACCUUAGAGCUUGGCUCGAUGCUUUUACGGUGUCUGGAAAAUAUGGGCUGGUCUCGUCGGGUUCUGUGAGUUUGGUUUUUUGUUUCUAUAAGUGGUUGCCAGUUAAGUGAGUUCGUCGGAAGCGAUUGCUGGAAAGACGUCGCUCAGAUCAGGAUUAUCAGGACACCUGCGGACGCAAAACGGAUUGGUUAGAGAACAUGGAAGGCUCAGGCGAUGGAUCACCUCAAUCAUCGAUGUGUAUGGUGAAGGCGGCUGAGCUUUUCCCCAAACCAGUGCUCGAGAAGGAGGAAGAAAAGCUCACCGUCCGGUUCAACGAAUUACCUGGAGAAUCCGUCAAAUAUCUCGGUCAAACGGACGACGGUAUUCUAGCGUUGUCCAACUAUCGAUUGUUCUUGCUGAAGAACUCCACCGGGGCGGAAACGUCUGUGCCUCUAGGGUUGAUCGAGUCUAUCCAGAUCAGAGACCUGUUUCAUCUGACAGCCAACUGCAAAGAUGCUAGUACAGUAAAAUGCUCAUUUUCCACGUCGGAGCAGUGUUCCGAGUGGCAACGGCGGAUAUCUCUGUCGAUUGGCGUUCCGGAGACACUCGAAUCACUGUUUGCCUUUCCAUUCCACGCGUGGGCAUCGGAACUGCCAACGCUGAACCAGGAUAACGAAUGGUACGGUCGGUUGCAGCGAGUCGGCAAUUACGACGACGAUUUCCGUAAGGAAGUCGAACGCCUACAGUUCGACCUACAGGGAGCCUGGCGGAUAAGUCAUGCCAAUGCAGAGUUCAAACUGUGCCCAUCGUAUCCAAGACUGCUGCUCGUGCCAGCAUGUAUAUCAGACGAUACUCUGCAGAACGUUGCGAGCUUCCGAAGUUCCAGGCGCAUUCCAGCCGUGGUCUGGAGACACGAGCGCACUGGAGCCGUUAUUGCUCGCUGCAGUCAACCGGAAGUCGGCUGGCUUGGGUGGAGAAAUUCUAAAGAUGAACAACUCCUGAAAGCUCUCUCAGAUGCCUGUGCAUUCGAUCGCGGCACACAAGACUCGAGAACCCGCCUCAAUUCGACAGCAUCUAGUGAAAGCAAUCCACCCAGCCCCGAAGGUAGUCAUGAGGAGGUGGAGAUGGAGGAACCUAAGAAGAUAUUGAUCGUUGAUGCGCGAUCGUACGCUUCAGCAGUUACAAAUCGUGCGCGUGGUGGAGGCUGCGAGUGUCCAGAGUACUACCCAAGUGCUGAGAUACAGUUUAUGAGUCUCGGUAAUAUUCACGUUAUUAGGAAAAGUUUUCACACGCUGCGACAACUCUGUGCAUCGCAGCCGGAUAUACCAAAUUGGUUGAGCUUGUUGGAGCGCACCAUGUGGCUACAGCAUAUGUCCGGACUUUUAGCAGCAUCAAUGGUCGUAUGUCAUGCGAUAGAGCGUAGCGGUCGUCCAGUAUUGGUGCACUGUUCCGACGGUUGGGAUCGUACACCACAGAUUGUUGCCACAGCUCAGCUCUGUCUUGAUCCGUACUACCGCACGAUCGAAGGAUUCCGGGUAUUAGUUGAACGAGAAUGGCUCAGUUUCGGACAUAAAUUCUCCGAUCGCUGUGGACAUGGUCCCGGUUCGGACGAAACAAACGAACGCUGUCCGGUGUUCUUGCAGUGGCUAGACUGUGUCCAUCAAAUCCAUCGACAAUUUCCUUGUAGUUUCGAAUUCGAUAUGGGUUAUCUGAUCAAAUUGGCACAACACUCACAUUCAUGCCUGUUCGGAACGUUCCUCUGCAAUACGGUGAAGGAACGCCUGGAGAACAGCGUGCCGGAUCGUACCUUCUCGGUGUGGCCUUUCCUAUCGGGACCGAUGUACAAGAAUCACCUUUAUGUGCCGAAUCGGGAACGGGUUUUGUGGCCUGCGCAUAGCGUAAGAGAUUUGAGACUAUGGACUGAGGUUUACCUGGGAAGCUGGGGUGGUAAUCAGGGCUCGGCAGAUUAUCCAGCCAACGGCGACGGGGUGGCAGGCCAAGAACUGAACGGAUCAAUGACAAAAACUCGCUCAUACGGAGACCUUAUGACUGGUGUGAACGCUGGAGGCUUGACCAGGAGAUCCAGCGAUCCAAACAUGACUGUCGAUUCUAGCAUUCUCGCUGGUACGUUGAACCUCUCCCAAGAGAACUCCAUCGAUUCCAACAUGUCCUCGGAUCGGGAAGUAUCACCCGAUCUGAUCAAUCAUCACACCAGCUCGCUGGCCAUCAUUCAGCACACUACUCAAAAGCUACAAAGUCUUACUCAGGAGCUUAACCAGUCCGACGAGGAACCGGAGAACCACGUCAAAAAUACGACGAAGCGCGCAGUGACUCCGACUGCCGACAGCACUACCCCGUCUAGUCUUUUUAUUAAUGGAAAUAGUGAUAGUUAUAACUUCAAACCAAUUGUUCCUGAACAGCCAACCGUGGCCAUAGCUCCUACGUCUAGUACUCCGCCGCCUCAGCAGAGGCACCAUCUGCUGGAUGAAAUCGACGAGAACACUUCGCGGAUCAUUAAGAUCGAGAGCUACCUGGAGACAACGGACGUGGUCGACGGGAAGCGUGCAGGACUGCGGAUCGCCAAGCCUAUUCCCGCCUGCGAUGUAAACGGAGGGCUGGCUACGGCCGACAUGAUGGAGAGUGUAGACUUGAGCGGAAAAUCCCCGUCACCACCCCCGCCAGUGGUUCCCACAUCACCUCAGCAUGCCAUCAGUGGAGGCAACUUGUGGCACGGUUCGAUCGAAACCAGCACGGAUACGCUCGUGCCGCUUGAUCAGUACUCGUCCCCGAAAAGGAUUAUUCAGCUUAGUGAAAGCAGUGGCGAAGACGACGGACCCGGACGAAUCGUCAAGGACAUCGACGAGGACGAUAACGAUGACGACGAGGAGGAGGAAGAGGACGGCAGUCACAAUCGAGAAAAUAGUAUUAGUUUAGACCUAGGAAGUAACGGUAGACAUGACGAGCCCCACGAAGACUCGACCGCCAGAACCGGUGGCAGCGACUUUGCGACUUCGAUUACUACUCAGACUGGUGAUAGCAACGGAUGUGAUCUAUUUAGUGAUAGUAUGGAUAAAGAUAGGAAAAAAUACAAUCAAGGAAGUGAAAUUAAUCAAACCCCCACACCAAAAGAGGAAACUGACAGCAGUCGGACGAAAAGCGCUGCGACAGAUUUGCAUCGAGUAUCGUCCCAACCGAUAGCUAUGCUAAACGGGUCCGUCGCCAGCUACAGCAAAGUGCUAAAGUGCUCGAACCCAAUGGACGAGAGUAUCAUCAUGCAGCCGCAGUUUCAGCAACUAGAAAUCAACGGCAAAUCGUCGUCGAGCGAAAACGGCACCCAUCAUCAGUCCCAAACCAACCACCAGACGCAUCAACUUCAACAUCAACAGCAGCAACAGCAACAGCACACAUCUUCUCACCACCAACCGCAAAACCAGCGACGAAGACGUAACUCAUCAAACUCGAAAAACGACAUGAGCCCCAACAAGCCUACCAAUGGAAGUAUAUCCCCAAGUGCCACAAACUCUCGCUUCUCGACACCGGGUGCCCGCUCACUGCCACUGACCCCACCGAGCGUGCCAUUCUCGAUCCAAACUCCACCGGCAGCCGCCCUGUCCUGUCCGGACGGGUUGGCUCAUGCUCUAUCGGAGCAGAACCUACGGCUGCAGCAGAUCGUCUACGAGAAUAGACUAAGAGAGGAGGCACUGCAACGUGAGCUGUACGCCACUCGGUUAGCCCUGCUGGGAAAAACCUGCCACCAUUGCAGCAACCAGCAGUACGGUAAUGAUGACCCGGUGUACGGCAACUGCGAUACCCCUUGUGAUAAGACUCGUGUAGAACCGAAGGUGGUUACUUUUUCCGUCGAAGAAGACAGCGAAGACUCUGACAAAAUCGACCUCGCGGUGAAGGUACCGAAAGACGACGAUAAUAUUCCAACCGAUCCUAGCCUUACGAUAACGACGAUGUUAAUGAUGACCGCGUCGACAAAGGACGUGGACCUUUGCUUCCAUGACAUUGAAAACGACCCAGACCCGGAUCUGGAAGAACGAGGGAUCCGUCAGUACUGGGAACAGUACCGCGAACGGUCGAGCCAUACUCGGAAGAUAUGCUUCACCAUUCGUAGGUUGCUCGACCGGCUUCGAGUCAAACGCGGUACCGAUGAUUGUAACGAUUCUGAGUCGUUGGCAUCCUUGGUCGACUCGAUGAACGAAAAUGCCUCCAACUGCUCGUGGGAAGCGGUCGAUGAGCGCAGUGCUCCAUCGUCCGGAGCGAACUCUUCGCAGCAAAUCACCAGCAGCGUCCUGUGGGUACCGGACCACGCCGUUUCCCGGUGUACCACGUGUCAGACGGAGUUUUGGCUCGGCCGGCGAAAGCAUCACUGUCGAUCGUGUGGCCAGAUUUUCUGCGCUGACUGUUCCGAAUACUGGGCACCGCUUUCCGACGGGAAGCUAUUCCAAACGGUUCGCUUGUGUGCACCCUGCUAUCAGAACGUUUGCGGCAAGAUCGCUAGUAGCCAUCAACCGUCAACGAGCGGUAGCGUAAUUGUAACUAGUACCAAUAGCAGUAGCACCGGCAACAACUACAACAGCAAUAGCAUGAAUGGAAGUAUCCUAGUAGCUGCCAAACAGCACAAUGUAUCAUCUUCAUCAUGUGUAAACCAGCUAACAAAUAGCAGUAACAAUGUGGCGCAUGCCUUGAUGACAACCGUCAAUACUGCAGUCAUGGGCGGUAUGCCCAACAGUUUGGAUAACUGCAAGCUCGUUAUUUCUGCGGUGACUAGUACAUCAUGUAGUGCCAGCGCUAACAGUGGUAAUGAUCGUGAAACUUGUAAAGCUACUACUGCUACGAACUAAAUGCACGUCCCGAGGAAACAAAAAACCUUUGUCAUGUUUGGCAUGUAAGUCCCCAUAUUUUAUUUUCUUCAACCUACCUACUUUAUUUAUGUUCUGUCCCGUAGCUUUUUGUUGUAAUGUUUCUUUUAACUGUGUACAGUGUUUGUUUACAUUUUAUUUAUUAUUUUUACCUCACUACUCGAGGAACACGCUGCAAAUGUUGAUAAAUGUCUCACAGAUCGAGGAUUAAGACAAACCAUACUGAAAAGUUGAAUGUUUCUUUGAGAGAUGAAACUUUUUCAAAACAGAUGAGUAAAAUAUAUAUAUGCAACAUAUAAUGUUACAAAAUGGUGAAAUAUUGAUAUAAAUAUAACUUAAUGAAAAUAAAUGAAAAAAGCGCCGUAUAACAAGCAUACAUAAACAAAGAACACAUAGUAAGCAACCUAUUAGAGAGGAGUCUGGAACAUC